UUUGUCGACGACCGAGCCUUCCUCUUGAAUUAAAUGGUGGCAGGGGCCACGGAGUAUAUUGUUUAAGGAAUUAUUAUUAAUAAAUUUCUUAUCAAAAUUAACGUUGAUUUCUCAAAUUAAUUUCAUCAGUUAAAUUAGUUUUGUUGUUGUUAUUAUUAUUUUUACAAAAAAUAAUUUUCCAAGAUGAGUUCAAGUUUAUGCUGUUACAAAUGCAACCGUAUCGGUCAUUUUGCCCGUGAAUGUCCACAAGGCGGUGGCAGCGGCGGUGGACGUGACGGUGGUGGUCGUGGUGGUAUGGACGGUGGCGGCUUCAACAGACGUGAAAAGUGUUACAAAUGUAAUCGUUUUGGUCAUUUUGCACGUGAUUGUAAAGAUCAAGACCGUUGUUAUCGUUGCAAUAGCACCGGCCAUAUUGCCAAGGAUUGUUUACAAAGUCCUGACGCUCCGUCAUGUUACAAUUGUAAUAAACCAGGGCAUAUUGCGCGCGCAUGCCCUGAAUCGAAUUCCGAUCGUGACGGAGGUGGUCGUUACAAUUCACAAUUGUGCUAUACAUGUCAAAAGACAGGUCAUAUUUCGAGAAAUUGUCCAGAGAGUACUAAGGCGUGUUACAUUUGCAAUCAACCGGGACAUCUUAGGCGUGAUUGCGAACAAGAUGUCAGAAAGUAAAAGUUGGAAUCUUUUUUCAAAACAACUUUUACAACAUUUUCAUAAUUACAAAACCUAUUAAUUAAUUAUAAUGUUUGGACCUGAGAACGGUUAUCCUAAUUUUUGUAACGCAGCCGAUGGAGAUAAUAUAUUAAAAAUUUGAUUUGUUAGUUACACAAACUGAGGCUCUUAAAGCAAUUCAAAUAACAAAGUAUCCAUAAAUUGAUAUGCAAAUUUAAAUAAAUACAGAAAAAAGAGGCCCAGAGGCUUGAGACAGUUUUUUUUUUUCGUUUUAACAAAAAAAAAAAAGAAAGUAAAAAAAAUAAACAGCGGGCAAAUGAAUUCACGUUGGCUGUUUCUCAAACUUUAAUUUAAGAUGGGAAUUUAAGGUGAGCUAGUGCUCAUCCUAUGUCUUAAAAGGAAAUUUUACAAAAAAAAGUAAUGUUUUUAAACGAAAAAUAAAUAUAUAUUAUUAUGAAAAACUCAAAUAUAUAGAAAAAAAAAUGGAAAAUUCAUUGGUGUAUUUUUGUAUAAGUUAUUUCAAAGAACCUUCGUCGAAUUUAUUCGAAAACAUUUGCUAUCAAACAUUCCAAAAAAAUGAGUCACUAACAAAUUUUUUCGAAUAAAUUUUUAUAUUUUUAUUUCUGUUUUCUUGACGGACCGAAUGUUUUUGAAAACUCAGGGUGACGAACGAUCUGAAAAUUGAUUGUAAUUAUAAAUGUUAAAUUGUAAACAUCCAAUAUUCAGAUUUUGAAUAAACGCAAGUAACGAAAACUUGAAAGACCAUAUUCUUUAUCGAUUUUUCCGAAUAAACGAUUGUUCGUUUCAAAAGGAGUUAGAUAAUAGUCAAAUCGUUUGCUACCCUGAAAAUGGAGAAGAAAAAACUUGGUUUUUAAACUCUCAAAAUAAAAAAUUGACAACUAUUGUUACAUACAGUGUGUACAAGGCUGACUUUCAAUUUCAGUUUAAGCAUUAUAAAAAAGAGUAUGCAAUAUAAAUUGUAUAUUUGUGGUUUAA